AUGAAGUCCGUCGUCGCAUUCUUCGCAGCGCUUCCCACCGCACCGUGGGCGGCGGCGGUCUUCUCAUUUAACCUCUACGAUCUCGGAUUCCGGGGUCUCUAUCCCCAUCAGCAUUUUCAGUCGACGGAUCUCGAGCCGCUCAAGCCGGUCAUCACGCAGUGGGACGAGGAGUGCGACAAUGGCAACCUCUUCUUCACGGUGCGAGGGCCUCAUGUGCAGGGCUUUGCUCGCGGCCCUGUCAUCACAGACGCCAGAGGUGAGCUGGUCUGGAUGGACAACGACAGGUUCCGUGAGGCCAUGAACCUGAACGUCCAGCGGUACCGGGGAGAGGACUUCCUGACCUUCUGGACGAAGCACAAGAAGACGAGGAAGGAUGGCACCGUCAAGUCCCGAAAGUCUUUUGUCAUGGUGAGGGUUCUCGUCUCGGAGCAUCUCAAUUCGAGCUAUGAGGUCGCUCAUCGCAUUAAACCUGUCGGCAAAGGCUUGAAGGGGGACUCGCACGAGUUCCGCAUCACGCCUCAGGGUACUGCGCUCAUUGUGAUCUACAAGAAGCACAAGACCGACUGCACCACCAUCGGCCUAGGCAAGAGCUGCUGGAUCCAAGACGGCUGGUUCCAAGAAAUCGACAUCGCCACCGGGGAGCUGCUCUUCGAGUGGAAAGCCACGGAGCACAUCAAGAUGACCGACGUGUUCAGCUCGCCCAACCGCAAAGACGGCCAUGGAACAUCCAAGAAGGACGCUUUUGACUUCUUCCACAUGAAUAGCGUCGACAAGACGGACGCGGGGGACUUCAUCGUUUCCGCGCGCUACAUGCACGCCGUGCUCGGCAUCAGCGGCAGAACCGGCGAGAUUCUGUGGCAGCUGGGCGGCAAGAACAACCAUUUCCAGGACCUCGGGGGCGCGCUCGACUUCUCCUGGCAGCACCACGUCACGUGGCAAGGGGACGACACCAUCUCGCUGUUCGACAACCACGCGAACGACGUGCGGCACAGUCGUGCGCUGCACAGCAGCGGCAAGGUGAUCAAGCUGGACAUGGCGCGCAUGACGGCGGAGCUGGUGAGGGAGUACGCGCAUCCGGACCACAUCCUCAACAUCUCGCAGGGCUCGGUGCAGGUCGUCAACGAGACGGGCAACGUGCUCGUCGGCUUCGGGAAUUCCCCGACGUACGUCGAGUUUGCCGCGGACGGGGAGGUGCUGUGCCAAGCCCACUUCGCGCCGCGCAUCACGUUCGAGAUUGUCGACUUUGGCUGGGCGAAAUCGUACCGUAUCUUCAAACACCCGUGGGUGGGCCGCCCGAAGACGGUCCCGGAUGUGAAGGUCAAGAGGGGCAAGGUAUAUGUGUCCUGGAACGGCGCGACGGAGGUUGCUGGCUGGCGGCUCGAGACCUCCGGGGAAGAUGGGGGCGGCGAGUUCGUUGCGGUGAGGGAGGUUCAGAAGAGCGGAUUCGAAUCGAGCUUCAUGCUGGAUAAGGUGCAGAAAUAUGUCCGGGUUGUGGCCUUGGACGCCCAAGGGGAAGCGCUGGCUUCGUCGGCUACGGUUAGCACCAUUGAACGUAUCCCCAAGUCCUUCUGGACAGCCUUCUGGUGCAUGUUCGCCCUCGCCACCCUCGUCUCCUCCCUCAUCUACACCCUGCUAUCCUGGAAAUCCAAGCGCACCUCCGGCCUCCCACUCCUCCGAUUGCUUCCGCAGAAGCAGAAGACGCACGUCCGUUUUUCCCGCUGGAAAGACAUCCGGAUGAAGAAGUACUGGCUUCGGGGGAGUCCUAGUCGUCCUGACGAUGAUCCUUCUUCUCUGGGAGAGGACGGAGAUUGGGAUUGGGAUAAUUGUGACUCGGAGCGCGGGAGGCUGUUGAUGCGUGGGAGGGGAAGUUUGUAUGAGGGAAGUUGGCGUAGAAGUAGUAGUGGUGGUCCCGGGGAUGGAGCGUCGCGGGGUUAG